CCGGGAAGGGGGAAGCGGGCGCCGCGGCGGGCCCGGGCUGUGAUGGCGGGGCGCACCGAGGCCUCGGGGGGACAGGCUUGCGGCCGCUGACCCGCCCUGCCCCUUCCCCAGCUGGGCCGGAGCCGGUGUGCCGCGUCGCCCUGGGUGACCUUCCUCGGAUGUGGACCUGCCCCUGAGCAUCCUUCCGCCGGGCUCCUCGCCUGGGUACCACCGAGAGAUGCCCGCCCGCGUCUGCGCCCGGCCCGCCUUUGUGUCCAAGUGACGGCGCAGAGGCAGCCGCCGCGGAGAUCACCUUCCGGGUCACCCCAGCUUCCGGUGGGCUCCUCUUCCGGCUCCCAUGGGGACCACAGAAGCCACGCUGAGGAUGGAAAACGUGGACGUGAGGGAUGAAUGGCAGGAUGAGGAUCUGCCGAGACCGCUCCCAGAAGACACCGGGGUGGAGCUGCUGGGCGGCACGGCGGAAGACCCCUCCUCGCCUCCCUCCAACCUGAACUUGGGAGCACAUCGGAAGAGAAAGACGCUGGUGGCUCCGGAGAUCAACAUCUCCCUGGACCAGAGUGAGGGCUCGCUGCUGUCCGACGACUUCCUGGACACCCCCGACGACCUGGACAUCAACGUGGACGACAUCGAGACACCCGAUGAGACGGACUCGCUGGAGUUCUUGGGAAACGGCAACGAGCUUGAGUGGGAAGACGACACCCCGGUGGCCACCGCCAAGAACAUGCCGGGGGACAGCGCGGACCUGUUCGGGGACGGCGCGGGGGACGACGGCGGCGCCGCCAACGGCCGCCUGUGGCGGACCGUCAUCAUCGGCGAGCAGGAGCACCGCAUCGACCUGCACAUGAUCCGGCCCUACAUGAAGGUGGUCACCCACGGAGGGUACUACGGGGAAGGUCUCAACGCCAUCAUCGUCUUCGCCGCCUGCUUCCUGCCCGACAGCAGCUCCCCGGACUAUCACUACAUCAUGGAGAAUCUCUUCCUGUACGUCAUCAGCAGCCUGGAGCUGCUCGUGGCCGAGGACUACAUGAUCGUGUACCUGAACGGCGCCACGCCGCGCCGGAGGAUGCCGGGCAUCGGCUGGCUGAAGAAGUGCUACCACAUGAUCGACAGGAGGCUGAGGAAGAACCUCAAGUCCCUGAUCAUCGUGCACCCGUCCUGGUUCAUCCGCACCGUGCUGGCCAUCUCGCGGCCCUUCAUCAGCGUCAAGUUCAUCAGUAAGAUCCAGUACGUGCACAGCCUGGAGGAGCUGGAGCACCUCAUCCCCAUGGAGCACGUGCAGCUGCCGGAGUGCGUCCUGCAGUAUGAAGAACAGAGACUCAGGGCCAAGAGGGAGAGCGCACGGCCGCCACAGCCAGAGUUCCUCCUGCCCAGAUCCGAAGAGAAACCAGAGCCUGUGGAAGAGGACGGGGCAGCAGAGGUGACAGAGGACCAGGAAACAAGCAUGUCCUGAUUUACCCAGAACUAGAGAUGGACAGAGAUGACUCCAGACACCAUGUAACCCUCAUCAGAUGCCCACGGGCCUCGGACCUCACCCUGCCUCAUCGUGCGACCAUUGUCCCAGGCACCUGGCUCCAUCACCCCCUCGCCCGGCAUCUUUCACUGCUUGAGAACAUUUCAUUGUUGUAUUGUCACGGACGCAGUGUGAGCACGUUCUGCAAAGGACCAGCUCUUGGCCUCUCUUCCCUUCCAUGCUCUAAGCUUGUGGACAUCAAUGCUGGACUUGGGCAGUGGCGCCCUGGCUCGGCCUCCAGGCCUCCAUAGCCCCGGGAGGUCCCCCACUGUCCCAGCUGGGAUAACAGGAAUGCGCAUUUUGGGCUGACCAAUGGGAGACCCUUUGCUCUCCUGCCACCUGUCCCUUGCUGGAGCCUUGGACACCUGAUGGCCCUGGCUGCAGCUGCUUCUCUGUGGAAUGUGACCCAUUGUCCCUCUCCCUGUCACGCAAGCAGGGCUGUGACCGCUGGCCUGACAUCCCCUACUCUGCCAUUUGACUGUCUUCGGGAUCUUCGAGCCUGUUGUACAUGCAUUGAUCAGCCUGAUGGUCCUCAACCCCCCACACAACCUAGAACAUUUUCCAGCCUCCUUAGGGCGAAUGUGACUCCAGGAGAUUUUAACUCACACUGCAUUCCAAGGGAAGGAGUGUCCGCCUUCCUAUCCCCUGCCCAGCACAGGCUCGGGCUCCAAGGGUCACCAAGCAGGAGACAGACUCCAGCUCAGUGUAUCGGAACAAGAGAAGGAAGAGGACUGGACACGCGGGGCUGCGGGUGCCGGAGGAUCUGGGGGGUCCCCAGUGGGUGGGUGCUUCCGCCACCUGACCUCCAAGCCAGGAUCAGAGAACACAUUUGCCUUAGAUGACCCGACAGUCUGGGCUAACGGCCUAGACAGCCAGAGCGAGCCUCCUGUCUCAGGGGCACCUAAGGCGGGAGGGGUCCCCUGUGGUGGGUGGGGGCAGCUCAGGCCUUUAAUCCCAGCACUCAGCAGGCAGAGGCAGGUGGAUCUCUGUGAGUUCCAGGAUGGCAAGGGUUACAGAGUGAGAC